AUGUCUUCCUCUCCAGUUCAUGAUUCCAGUCGUAGCGAACGUGACAGUAGUGACAUCCAAAUACCCGCAAUUACUGCCGAUACACGUAGGCGAGCACGUACACCUGAAGUGAUAGUCAUUGAUAGUGAUGAUGAUAUGAAUACAGCGGAGAUAAUACAAGCAACCAGAGUACACUGGCCCCACAUGCCACCUAAGCGGAUGAGGCGGAUGGACUCAGAGGAAAAUCAUACGAGUAGACAAGAAGAGGAUCGUCCGGAUGUGGUUCAUGUAGUUGAGAAUAAUGAAGUAGAGGAAAGGGACAUGGAUUCGGAUAUAGAAAUACUUGAUGUGGAUCAGGUCAGUGAAGUAAGAGUAAUAAGCAUGGACCUGGAUACGGAAAUACUUGAAGAAGGUGCUACGAUUAUGGAAGUCAGUGAAGAGGACUCUGAAGGAAUGGAUGAGGAAAGAGAUGAAGAAAACGAAGAUUCCAAUGAUGACGAUGGGGAGGAUAGGAAUAUGAUUGAUGAAUCAAACAUAAAUAGUGACUGGAUGUCUGGUGAUGAAGAAAUGAACGAAAGUGAAGAUGAUGGUGAAACGACGGAACAAGUGUUAUCACGUGGUGAUGAAGAGAUAGAUGAUGAUGGAUUAACGGAACAAACAUUAUCACUUGAUGAUGAAACGACAGAUGAUGAUGGACUAACGGAAGAAACGUUAUCACUUGAUAAUGAAGCGACAGGCAAUGAGAGAGUAACGGAGCAGGCGUCAUUACGUGAUGGUCAAGUGACAGAGGAGAUAUUAUUACGUAAUGAUGGAGAUUUGGAUGGCGAUAACCCUUCAUCAUCACCUGUUGUUGAAACGAGAGACGAAGAAGAUGUUCCCAGCACUUCCAGGUCUACGUCAUCCGGCUCGAGCACCCGCCUUAAUAUAACCUUCCUGGACAAUCUGUGUUUAAUGCGAGAGGAUCAACCGCUACAUGUACACAAGAUUAAUUGCGGAGGAAUAGAUCAUAUUGUGCUUAAAUGGCGCAAAUCUUCGCAAAUUGAAGCUGUCAGAAUCGAAAAUCUUUGUCCCCAUUGCAGACGAUGUCUACAUCUUCCUUGA